UUUGUCUACAAGAAACCAUUUUGUUCUUCUUCUUCUUCUUCAUCACCAAUAGCUAUCACCAGUUCCUCUCAUUCAUGACUUCUUCUUCUGUUAUUCAGCGUUUUCUUUUCAUUUCCUUCUUCUUACUUUCUUUCUGUAACGUCAUCUUCGCAUAUUCGUCUUACAGACCUCAUGCACUGUUCUUUCCUAUCAGGAAAGAUGCAUUAACUAAUCAAUAUAUAACCCAACUCCAUUUAGGAACCCCUCAAGUUCCUGCAGACCUUGUCGUCGAUCUCGGUGGUGAGUUACCAUGGGUCAACUGCCAACAAGGUUUUGCCUCAUCCAAGACGUACAAGCAUGUAUCUUGCGACUCGGACCAGUGUGCACGAGUCAAAAUCUCAAGUUGUACGAAAUCCGCGCAUAAUGGUGGACUAAGCUGUGGAGAAGACAACAUCUGCUAUACUUUGCCCGGCGCUCUGGGAAUCGCAGCAGGUGCCGAGGUUGCUUCAGAUGCUGUAAGUGUACACUCGACGGACGGGUAUACUAAUGUGGUCUCAAAUGUUAGCAGUCAUCGGUUUAUAUUCGCUUGUGGACCAUCUUCUCUGUUAAAAGGACUUGCCAAGGGCGCUAACGGAAUGGCCGGUCUCGGACGUGCUUCAGCUGCGUUGCCUGCGCAGUUUGCUGUUGGUUUUCGUGUGCCUCGGAAAUUCUCUCUCUGUUUAUCUUCAACUAAGGGUGUCCUGUUUUUCGGCGACGGACCUUACAAAAUGGAGCCAGGAAUUGACAUCACAAUUUCACUUGAUCACACUCCGUUAUUUAUUAACCCAAUUGAUAAAGCCGGCAUUUCUACAACCCCUCGGCCUUCAGGUGAGUAUUUCAUUGCAGUAAAAUCGAUCAACAUCGGCGGAAAAGGCGUCAGGUUCAACAAAAAGCUGCUGUCUAUUAAUAAAGUAAGCGGACACGGAGGAACAAAGAUCAGCACAAUGAACCCUUAUACUGCUCUGGAGCCAUCAAUUUACAAGGCCUUCACUAGUGCUUUUGCUAAAAAAGCUAAAGCUAUGAAUAUGUCUAGAGUUGCAUCGGUUGCGCCUUUCGGCGCAUGUUACGAUUCAACAAAUAUUCUGAAGACACGAGCUGGACCACUUGUGCCAACCAUUAACCUCGUCUUGCCGGAGAAGGUCAUCUGGAGGAUUCAUGGAGCAAACUCAAUGGUGCAAAUCAGUGACCAUGUCAUCUGUUUGGGGUUCGUUGACGGAGGCGAGUUUGCGAGGGCUUCUGUCGUUAUCGGUGGGCAUCAGCUGGAAGAGAAUCUUUUACAGUUUGAUAUCCCAAGAUCAAAAUUAGGAUUCAGUUCAUCAUUGUUGCUUAGGGAAACUCUCUGUGAAACAUUAAAUUCACUGGCUAAUUAG